AUGCGCCUCCCAACGAAGCCCCAGCAUCCCGGAACGAGCAGCCAGAGCUCAAACGGACUCCCGCAGACUUCCUCCAGGAAACGGUUAGGAGAAACCAGCCUUAGCUCCGCUAAGGUUGCGCUGGAGGAGGAGGAGGAGCCCCGGUGGGAGGCGGGGAAGGAGCCGGGCUCAGCAUCCCAGCGGCGGGAGUCGGAGGCGGGGCCUGAGGGGGGCUCGCAGCUGCCGGGGCAGCCUGGGUCUCCGCCGCCGCCGCCGCAGCACUGGACGUCCAGUCAGGGACCGGAACCUGAGUUCGGCUGGGCGCGGUCUCUGCCAAAGCCCUUGGUGUUCGCGAAGCCCCGCCGCCGCGCCAACUGCCUGGAGACGCCCCUGUCCCGUGCCUUCCGGCCGCUGAAAUGGGAGGUGGGCUCGCGCCCCUGGGUCUUCCUGCUGCUGCCCACGGUUUUGACGGCCCUCGUCGGCUCUGGCCUGAUUUACCUGCCCAAGGAUGCAGAAGAAGACAUAGGGAGCCCGGCCAAGGCUGAGCGACGCUUUGUGCACGGCCGUUUCACCGCCAAGGACUCUUUCUUCUUCUCCAGGAAGAGCACCGAGUUCAAUUGGGUCCUAGUUGUCUCCAGCACCGCCUCGCUGCUAGAAUAAGAAGCCGUGUCUGAAAUUAAUAAAUUGGACGAGGCGGUGCGGGGUUUGUCCGUCAGGGGUGGGGGUGGGGAAGGAACUUAGAUCUAGUACAAUGAGGUCUGCUCCAUGAACCGGCUGUGGGUCCCCUCCAACCCACUCUUGUUCGCCUGGAAAACAGAGACCUCAGCCUGUGAAACAUCACUCUCCCCAUCUACAGCCUAGCCAAGUGGUAUGGUCUACCUGGCCAUCAUCCUAGGAGGAACCCUCUUAGGUGAGAGUUUGGGCCCAAGCCAGUUAGUCCUGGAGGCCAAAGCCAUGCGGCUCCGGUACUGCCUGAAGACGGGAGGAGAGGACAUCGAGCUUAGCAAGACGUGGCUGAUCCAUUUCCUGAACCAAGUUAAGAGCAUGGAAAAGAGUCUGGCUUUGGAGACUAUCCAGGUGUGACUGUGUACGAAAGAAAAUGUGGGUUGCAGCCUUCAGAGUGAUUUCUGCCACCUUGGCAGUGGUGAGUGUCUUUGGCCUGAUGUUGUACGUUGGGGUUCCUUUUGUGACCAUAGUUGCAAAUUCACCCUUUCUUAUUCCAGGUGAGUGAAAAUGUGGGGCUACACAUUGUGUGUGUGGGGGGGUGUGGGGUAGAUAAAGGAAAGGGACUGUCUUAUAUUAAGCAUACUAAUUAUAUUUAGGUGGCGCUACAGAUCCAAAAUGGGCUAUCAGAAAAGAAGAAAAUCAAAUAAAUUAUGUGUCUCUAGAGUUGAAAAAAAAAAAUCUAGUACCCCAAAGGGAAAAACACGGAGCAGGGACAUAAAUAGGCAGUUGAUACACACACACAAACACACACACACACACACACACUCCAAAAUACUAAUCCCUGAAAAUAUAAGAAAAAAUAUAUAUGGCCUCUCAGUUAAUCCAGGAUGAAAGUUAAACCAAAAGUGAGACACCUUGUUUUCUUAUUAGAUUAAUGAAUAUUAGUAAGAUUGAAGGUUUUGGAAAGGUGGUGUGCAAAUGAACACUCUCAUAGUCUGUUGAGGGAAAAUUGUAAAUCAGUACUCUUUUUAAAUCCAAUUUCACAGCAAAUCAAAAGACUUAAAAAUUUAAAAGGGAAUAACUUUGACCUGCCAACUCCAUUUCUAAGAAUUUGUCCUAAUUAUUGGACAAGUGCUCACAAAGCAGAACAAGUAUGUUCAUUUCAGUGUGAUUUUGAAUAGGAACCAAACAAAAGCAACUUAAUCCCGCAUCAACAUGGGAUCGGUCAAUUCAAACAUAGCCUAUUAAAGUUUUGGAAGGCUAUGCAGUCUUUAUGAAGUGGUAGAUAUAUAGCGUUAAAUGAAAAAUGCUGGUUAUGAAACAAGAUGCUUAAAAUAGAGUGGUGUACACAUAUAUGUGUAUAUUUGUAUAGAGCAAAUUCUGGAUGAAUAUACAUAAAAUAUUAGCAAGGAUUUUCCCUGAAGGGGAGAAUUACUUUUGUUUGAAUUUUGCCUUUGUAUUUUCCUGAACUUCCAGAAUUUAUUUUACCAUAAGCACAAGAAGAGAGAGCUAUUUAUAUUUUGUGAAUAAGCAACUUGGAAGAAAUACUAUUUGGUUUCCAGGGGGGAGAGUGGAGGAAGCAUGCACUGAAGGUGCCCCUUCCUGGUGCACACUCACACUCAUCACCCAGGGUUCCCCACAGCCAUGAAUAGCUGGAGCGAAAGUGUAUAUACAUCAUCUUUGUAUUGUCUGUGUGUGCACAGAAGUAUGAGUGUAGGUGUGUGAUUGAGUGUGGGGGGGUGUGAUUUCAGCAACUCAAGCAAUAAAUAUGUGAGGACAUUUUCUAAACCAGGUUCUAUAAAUAAUAAAAUUUUUUAAAUACCUAAUACAUAUCAAUGGGUUCACUCAUGGUUCUUAGUUUCAAUUUUUAGUACAUGUGCUGCUGAAGCAAGCACAUCACUUGUGGUUCUUAGUAUUUCCAAUUCUUCCCUUUGGUCCAGCUAAGUACAAUUGGAAUCCACAAAGCUGGCAGCAGUGGGACCAUCAGGAUGCAGUUUUUGACAGACGAUAUAAACCUGUGUCAGCGUAGACCCUGCUGCCUUGAUCAUACUCAGAGAACAUCUGAAUUAGAGGCAAAGCGCAAUUCCCAGUUCUUCCCUUGUUGCCCAUGGAGGAGAUCCUCCACACUUGAAAUCAAAAUCAACAUUUCACUUCCAAGUACUGAUUUUGGAUCAAUACACACAGAAACAGAGGUGUACGUGGGUGAAAGUUGUAGAAAGCUUGAGGGAGAUGAAAUUUAUCUGCAACAUGCUCGUGCUGGCCUUUCUAACCCCUUUCUUCUCUGUAUAGUCCUCUUCUAGCCUUCAACAAUGAUUUCAAAGUCCUCAAAUGUUCUCCUGUCCUCUUCAUUCCAAACCAAUCCUCAUACAUCAUUGUGGAAAAGACUGAGAACCUUAGCAGGCAUUUAAUAUGCGAAGGAUUCUUAAGAUUUACUUUGGUACAUGUUUCUGAUCUCAAGUGUACUUGUAUUUUAUUGAGAUUAUGCCUUAAGGUGGUCAAGUGAAGUUUGAAUGACAGCAUUCUAGAUAUUAAAAAUGAAUGAAUUUGUUUGUGUGUGUGUCUAUAAACUAUGUGGUGUGUAUAAAAUCAUACCACACUGAUAGCUAGAUGCUACCUGGAGAACAGAUAAAUCCAGCUCAUAAUUUGAGCAGCAGAAUGUUGGCUCAAUGUUAGUUCAUUAGAAUAAAAUGGCUUAUGAGAGAAAAAUGGUCUAUAAAGUAUUUGAAUGGAAUCAAAGAUACAUUUACUCAUCAUUAAAACACCUUAAUGAGGGAGUGCCUGUUGUGGCGCAGUGGAAAGAAUCCGACUAGGAACCAUGAGGUUGCAGGUUCGAUCCCUGGCCUCGCUCAGUGGCUUAAGGAUCCGGCAUUGCUGUGAGCUGUGGUGUAGGCUGGCAGCUGUAGCUUCUAUUAGACUCUUAGCCUGAGAACCUCCAUAUGCUGCGGGUGCGGCCCUAAAAAAAGUCAAAAUAAAACACCCUAAAGAGCAGCCCUCUUAGCGCAGGGGGCAGCUGUCAGUCUCAUAAAACACCCUAAAUGAAGACUGAGAGUAGGGUAUACUGUGCUAUAUGAAAACGGGAGAAUGUACAAAGCACAGAGUUAUUGCAGAGCAAGGAGUGAUAAAUUGUAUUGUGGAUUCAGAGGCAACUGGAGAAAGUAGUAUCCAAACACAUACUAGGCAAGAUAAGACCUUAAGAGACAGACAAAGAAAAUAGUUUGAUCUGUUUAAUUGUUAAUGGCUGUUAAUGUAUGAAGAUUCCUGUUUCUUUUUUUAAACAGGUGUUGGGGUUGAUGACAUGUUUAUCAUGAUGUCUGCCUGGCAGAGGCCAACAUCAUGGAUAACUUAAAAGAGCGGAUGUCCAAUGUCUCUUCAAAAGCAGCAGGGUCCAUUACAAUCACCACCAUCACCAAUGUCCUGGCUUUCUAGACAGGAAUUAUGACCUCUUUCAGGUACUUACAAUACUUCUGCAUCUAUACAGGAACAACACUGCUCCUUUGUUAUCUUUAUAACAUCCCCUGUUUUGGAGCAUUUAUGGUCUUGGAUGGUAAAAGAGAAGCGAUCUGUCUGCGCUGGUUGAAGAAGCCAGAAACUCCCGACCAAAAAUGUUUGUCAUUAAAAAAGUCCUGCUGUCUUCCAUGUAAUUCUCUCCCAGACAAACAUACAGAUGAUAUCCAUCCAAUGAAUUUGUUCUUUAGAGACUAUUUUGGUCCUUUACUCACAAGACCAGAGGCCAAGAUUUUGUAGUGCUUCUGUACACGCUGCGCCUCAUACUUUGUAUAUAGGGGUGUUUCCAAGUGCAGGAAGGCUUAGACUUUCGAAAUUUGGCAAGUGACCACUCCUAUCUCACAGCAUAUUUUAAUGUCGAAGAAGAGUAUUUUUCAAGUUAUGGUCCCAGGGUUAUGGUUAUCAUUAGUGAAGCUCUUGAUCACUGGGAUAAAGAUGCUAGGCAAAAAUUGGAAGAAUGUCUCACAGAUUUCAAAAACAAUGACUAUAUGGAUAAAAAUCUUAGAGUUUUGUUUACGAGAAUAUGUGUGAUUUAUGGAAAGCUGCCAUCAAAAUGUAAAUGAUAUUUUUAUAAGUAAUAGUCCCAAUUUUACAACAGACUUUCCACUUUUGGGAUAUGAUAUUAAUAUUUCAUCGUCACAUGAAAUCAUUUGUUCCCAGGCCUUCAUUCAGACCAUGGGCAUUUCUUCUUCAACCAAUAAGAAGCUGAUAUUACUCCAGUUCUGAGACUUAGCUAAAAAGUGUGAUGUUCCCCUAAUGGUGUAUAACCAUGCAUUCAUAUUUUUUCUUUUUUCUUUUUUUCUUUUGCUUUUUA